AUGGCUUCUACCUGCUCACGAACCCUACGAAGACCAUGCCGAGCUCUGUGGUCCACUCUUUGCUGGGGCUGUGCUCUCUCCUUGGGUUGGGAGGUCGCCUUCUGUGGGUCAAGGCCUGGAAUGGCGGAAGAGAUGGCCAAUAUGGCUACUACUAGAAAGGCAGCAAAUGGCUUCAUGUUCUUCAACAUGCAGGGAUCCGAAACAGAGAAGUUUGUGGUGGGGAAGAUUUUCCCAUUGGUCAAAGACUUGCCAAACGAUUUUUCGGCCUUGGACUGGCAGCCGCUGGAUGCAAGGGGGACGCGUUAUUUCAAUGCUAUGGACCCAACCUGUGCGAAAUACUACGCAGCUGCAAAGCUUGACUCCUGGCCCCCUACCAGGCAGGACGAGUGGAAGUCCAGGGGUGGACGAGAUAGCAAAGUUGAUGUGGACUUCCUGGAGUUCGCCCCUCCAACGCUACCUUUGAAACUGCGUGCUGGUACCGUGGACGUUGCCUUGUUGCAGCCUAGCGCUGCGACGGACAUGGGGAAGAAGCUCUACCGCCAGAUCUUCCGCGAGACGGCAAGGGUUCUGAAACGUAAAGGCCAGUUCCUCGUGUUCACUUCCAGAUCUGAGAGAUUGCCUGACACGUCACAGAAUUACUUUGAGAUUGAUGAUGCAGAAAAAGGCGGGGACGGAGUUACCUAUUACUUGCUCACUCGCAAAGCGAGGAAAAAGAAGAAGAAGAAGGUACAAGAUGACAAAGAUGAGAUUCAACAGCCUCGGCAGAAGGUCUUGGGCUUUACGCUGAACGAGCUCGAAGAUGCCCUGGAAGACUAG